AUGAGCGGUAACAGUACUCCGAAGCUGGAAUUGAAGCUGAACCUGUCACCGCCUAGAGUUAAUGAUCAAAGAGCGGAAUCACCAGAGUCUUCUGCUGCUUCUUCUUGUUCGGAAAUGUCAUCCAAGAACUCAUGCGUGUCAUCAGAAGAUGCAGCUAAUAAUUAUAAAAAUGGGCGGAGCCAAGGAAGUAGUUCGAUGGUGUUGGUGGGAUGUCGUCGAUGCCUGAUGUAUCUUAUGUUAUCGGAUGUGGAUCCCAAAUGCCCUAAAUGCAACAGCACCGUCCUCCUUCAUCUUCUCAGUGACGAAUUCUCCAACAACCCUCCAAAUUAA